GCAGCUCUGGAAGACCUGGGGGACCAAACUCACCUCGUUGGCCCUGGAUCUUGGGAUGUUGCUUGGGCAGGACGAUGGGGCAGCGGCAGCGAUGGUCAAGAAAGGUAGCAAGGGAACACCUCCAACUAGGAGCAAAAAAGCAAAGGCAAAGGAAAAGCCCAAAGUCAAGCAGCCCAAGGCUGUCGCCGUCAGCGAGGAGCCCUCGAUCCGUCACUUCGAUGCUUCCCAAAGCCUUGGCUCCACCGCGGACGCCGUGUCCACGGCGUCACCGGCCACAGCACCAGUGCAGGCCCCACCUGCUGCCUCACAGCCGCCGCCUACUGCAGAGGCAGCGGCUGCGCCGGCCGAAAGCGCAGCGCCGGUUGGACCUGCCGAGACAGGUGCCAGCGCUGCUUCCGCUGCUGCGACGCCCGCGGCACCACAGGCCACAAGCACAGAGCCUCAAAGCACCCAGCCGCCGACUGCGGAGCUUCCUGCAGGACCCACACCGGCGGGCCCAGCUGGAGUGCGCCGCCGUGCGGCGCCAGGGACUCGCUUGCCGCCCAUGCAGGAUGGUGAUCCGCUGGAGAGCGAGUUGGCGCCGCGGAAGAGGAGGUUCAUGCUGAAACGCGGCCUGCCGGCACUUUCCUGUAGCCUCGGCGCGGCGCCAGGGCACAAAUAUCGACGGCCGGACUACCAGGAGCUGGCGAAUCAGCAUCCCUUGAUCCACAAGGCCUUGGAGGUUGCCCGCCAUGGCAAGCAGAAACAUUGGGACCUGGAUGGCGAGGAGUCCAACGGGCCGCGUGGAUCCAUCGCCUGGAACUUGGAGGAGUUGAAAGACUCCAAGGAUCCCAAGGCUGCGGACCCGGUGCCAGAUGCUGCCAUUCCCACUGCCGCAGAAACCAGCGCAACGAACGCGGAGCCGGCGCCGGAGAUCUCUGCGGGGCAGGAGUUGAAGGCUGAUGAGAAUCAUGUUGGCGCGGAGUGAGCUAUGCCAGCUACAGCUAUGCCAGCUAUGACAGUAGCGGAAAGGUUCUUGUCUCAACUCCGGCUUACAUGGGCUUACAUGGUUACCACCAUGGGUACCAAAUGUGACCAAAAUCUACCCAAUUCCUGCACAUUCAUCUCGACCUGAGAUGGCCGAUAGCCGCUCCUGCUUGGGCUGGGCCAGGAAGAAAGCCAACUCCAUCAGUUGGCCAACACCCAAAAUUUGGGCCUUAU